GGGCAACUCUCACAGCGUAAUUGAACGCCUACGGAGGAGCAUGUAAACCGUUGAGCAGUGGAAAAAGUGCUGGGCAGACUGAAAGUCAGGCGUAAAGAAGCAGCAGGCCGCAAUUAUGCGUUUCCAGAACGCUACUGGGCAUCGUCCUGCCUCUGAAAGUCCAGCGCCGCUAGAUGGUAUGGACCUUGAAGUGCUAGACUUUUACCCAACUGCACUUGUUGAUGGCGAUGGCGUUACUAAGGACUCGGGGUUUCAAGAGAUGAAUGAUAGUGCAGAUGAAGAAUUGCAGAAAUCACUUGAUGACGUGUUGGAUACACCUCAAAAAACCUCAAAUGCUGCACUGCCAUCAACCAAACCCAAUACAGUGCCAUCGCCCACACCAGACAGAAUGCGACAGACUGCCACUUUCUUCAGUUCAUUUGAACAAGUGAAAACCACUCUUGCUGAGCAGGAACGCAAGCGACAGGAGGAAUUUGACCAGUUGCUGUCCGUGGCGAAAGACAUCCGCGCCUCCGUGCAAUCCAUGGCCGCUUCGCUUAAACAAUUAUGCGAAAAAUAA